AUGGUAGCUAAAGCUCACCAUCUUUUUGCUAUUUUACUGUUGAUCCUUACUUUGAAUCAACACACAAUCCAGUCAAAACAAAAUGCUAGCCCUUUUGGCUUUCUAAAGAGUUUAGAAGGACGUAGGAAGGGCCAAAACGUAGAUGGCCUUCCCAAAAGCGAGGUGACUACUACCAUGACCAUUACAGAAAAUGGUGAAUCAAAUGUCACAAGACUUGUGGAUGCUACAUUGAUGAAUCCUCGGAAUACAACGAUUCCUAAGAAAGACGAGAACAUCAACAGAAGAUCAUUGUAUAAAGUAUUCGGGACGAAAUGGCCAACCACACAAACCCAACUAACGUACCAAGUACUGUCAAAAACUCUAGUUCCUGGAGCACAAAACAUGAACUCCAUAGUCGAAGCUGCAUUCAGCAAAUGGGCACAGCAUUGCCCCUUCACAUUUCAACAAAUCGUCGAGGGCGACAAAUCCGACUUCCGUUUCAGUUUCUUUAAAGGCGAUCACGGGGAUGGACGCCCCUUCGAUGGGCCUGAUGGAAAAUUGGCUCAUUCUUUUCAUCCAACUGAUGGGAGGUCACAUUUCGAUGCCGAUGAAAAUUGGAGUGAUGACCCUGGGAAAGAUCAGUUUGAUCUACCCUCUGUUGUUCUUCAUGAAAUGGGUCAUCUCCUAGGACUCUCUCAUAGUGAUGAUGUAAAUGCUGUGAUGUAUGCGACUAUUCGAGUUGGUCAGAGGAAGAGAGAGCUCCAAGACGACGAUAUUAAAGGAAUUCAAGCCAUAUAUAACUCAUCAAGUAGCUAA